CAAGGAGAAGAAGACUAGUAUGAACUCUGCGCUCUUAGAUCUUAUGGGACGCUAGCUAGCUAGCUGCUGCUUGGGUAUUUGAGAACUUAAAAAUCAUUGAAGAAAGAUGUUUGCUGUUAGAUUUACUCUAAACGAAAAGUAGAGUAGGUCAAAGGCAUGGAUUCCUUUAUGUAUUAAUGAUUUAGCACACCAUGGGAAGCAAACAUUCGAAAGGAACAACUUCCACAAGUGAUCCAGUUCCUUUUGCAGCUUUGCAACUUCCUUUUGCAGCUUUGCAAGAAGCAACUAACAACUUUGAUGACAAGUUUUUCAUUGCAGAGGGUGGAUUUGGGAAGGUUUACAAGGGUGUUUUACGUGAUGGAACAAAGGUGGCCCUGAAGAGUUGUAAGCGUGAGUCCUCACAAGGUAUUGAAGAGUUCCAAACAAAAAUUGAGAUUCUUUCACAGUUCCGCCAACCCAAUCUGGUUUCAUUGAUUGGAUACUGUAAUGAUAACAAUGAGAUGAUUCUAAUUUUUGAGUAUUUAGAGAAUGGGAACCUCAGGAGCCAUUUGUAUGGGACACAUCUACCCACUUUGAGUUGGGAGCAGAGGCUGGAGAUAUGCAUCGGGGCAGCCAGAGGUCUCCACUACCUUCAUACUAGCAAAAUUAUACAUCGUGAUGUUAAGUCUUCAAACAUAUUGCUUGAUGAGAAUUUUGUUCCAAAAAUUGCUGAUUUUGGAAUAUCCAAGAAAGGCGAUGAAAUGCUUAGCUGUUUCUGGUGUAGAUAG